AUGCAUAAAAGGGCCCUUGUUUUUUCCGGGCAGGGUGCACAUCGCAAAGGCAUGUGCAUGAAUCUUAUCAACACCAGGAGAAUGUCUUUGCUAUGGGAAGAUAUGAAGGAUUGCAUGAUGCAAAACUAUGGCAUUUCACUUCAGAGUGUUAUUCAUGAAAACCCCACAAAAUUGUUUCUGCGCAAAGACGCCUUGGACAUUGAUAAAGUCCUGAGCUACUCUUGCAAAACCGUACAAAAUGUUAGUGAAUCCGAACCAAAAUCGUUCUUGAUAGAAAAUCCGAACGGUGUCAUGUUACUUACCUACUUAACCCAGCCUUGUGUGUUGGCUGCGCAGAUGCUAAUUCUUGAAAAACUAAGGGAAACGUCGAAUUUUGACAUGAGCACCUACUCAAUGAUAGCGGGCCAUAGUUUGGGCGAAAUUACGGCGCUCUGCGCGCUUGGAGUGUUCACCACACAAACCGCAUUGAACUUAGUCUUCAAACGGGGACUUCUGAUGGAAAAGGUCUUCGAGAACUAUGACCGGUCGCGCCACCUGAUGUACGCGUGCAACCCUAUUCGCGCCAAGUUACACGAAGAUCCUGAGACGGCUGACGAUACGUUUUUUGCCAUGGUCGAGCUCAUUUCGACGGCUUUAUCGACCACCACAUCUUUUGUUGAGGUUGUGAACUAUAAUAUUCUGCGGCAGCAGUACGUUGUGGCGGGGGAUACGGUGGCUCUCGCCGUGUUGGGAAAGUGCUUGGAUCCACAAUUUCGAGCGAAUUGCCCACACAACACCACGAUUGAUGGGAUCGUAAGGGACGCACUUCGUUCUGCCCGUCUUGAUGCAAGGGAUGGGAUUAACUACAAUCCGCAUACCGAGAAGCCCUCCGUGGACUUCGCGACCUCGGCACGCAGGAAGUAUGGAAAUCGAUCGAUUUUCCGACGCUUUUUGGAGGGCCCUGACGACGGCUACACUCCUCCGCUAGAAAAGCUCACAAGCCUAACCUUGGAGGAGGAGGGGCGCAGUGGGUUAAAAAAAAAAUCAUGGUUCAUUCCACUAAGUGUUGAAAUCCCUUUUCAUACCAGCAAGCUUCGGCAAUGUGCGGACCGCUUUUUCGAGGUAGUCCGUGAAGCAUUGCCCGAAGAGGACGAGCUUCGGAAAUUACUUUCAGUUUCGCCUUCGGAAAAGGCCUUGGCGCGACCAUUAUGGGUAACAAAUUUAACGGGCAGUGCAUUUAAACCGUUUGACGAAAAGUUUCGUGAAGAGGUCCGAGACGCUAUUCAGUCUUUGAAUAUCGGCGAAAAACAACACAAAGGACGGUACACGAGCAGUCUUCUGCUGGACGCGUUUGAGGAAGGUGCCAAUACCAAUAGCACCGUCACCAUGUGCGCCGCGAUCCUGGCCAGCCAAAUACCUCAUUCCGUCAUGUGGACUGACACUAUGGAAGAGAUGAUUCUCCGCGGGGACUGCCGCUCAAUCGACGAGAUAGCACCUGUUCGCUGCAUAGUGGAUCUCUUUAAACGCUCCACCUUCAAGGAUGACGCAGGAAAUUUAAUCGAACUUGAGACACGGUCAUUCAACACGGACACUACCCAUGCGUGA